UGACUCCCGGGGGCGGAGUCUGCCAAGGCAAUAAAAGGGCUGCCAGCGAAUUGCUGAGACAGUGCUGAGCACGGAGGAGGGGAGGAGUGUGUUUACAGAGAGACCGGCGCAGGUGUACGGAGACUCGGGGACGUCUCGCAGCACCGGUAACGCUCCUAUGUGCCGGUCAUGACAGCUUCUCAUCUGGGACACACAGUCGGGCGGAUACACCCGGCAUAGAACGCUCCCGCCGCACAGGGCAUGCACAGGAGACAGCCCUAACAGAAACCAUCGAACCCAACAACGGGUGUGGCAGAUACGUUUUUAGUUUUUUGAUUUCCAUUGACUACCAAGAUGGCAGAAGGUGCACGUCUGCGAAGCAGUGCUGAGAAAAUCCCAGAAGAACAGGGGCAGGAUCCUGGCUCUGGAUCCAGUUCUGGAGGAGGAGUUGGUCUGAAGAAGGAGAUUGGGUUGGUCAGCGCCUGUGGGAUUAUUGUGGGUAACAUUAUUGGAUCUGGUAUAUUCGUGUCUCCUAAAGGAGUGUUGGAAAAUGCUGGUUCCGUUGGAAUGGCGCUCGUCGUGUGGAUUGUCACAGGAAUAAUCACUGCUGUUGGGGCUCUUUGUUAUGCUGAGCUUGGGGUCACCAUUCCAAAAUCCGGUGGAGAUUACUCGUAUGUCAAGGACAUAUUUGGUGGACUUGCAGGGUUCCUCCGACUGUGGAUUGCAGUACUGGUUAUUUAUCCUACAAACCAGGCGGUCAUCGCUCUCACCUUCUCAAACUACGUCCUGCAGCCUCUCUUCCCAACCUGCUUUGCACCUGAGUCUGGGCUUCGUCUGUUGGCAGCUGUCUGUCUCUUGCUACUGACGUGGGUAAACUGUGCCAGUGUGCGAUGGGCCACGCGUGUGCAAGACAUUUUCACUGCUGGGAAGCUGCUAGCACUUGGAUUGAUCAUCAUCAUGGGAAUAGUUCAGAUAUGCAAAGGAGAGUACUUUUGGCUUGAACCUAAGAAUGCAUUUGAGAAUUUUCAAGAGCCAGACAUUGGACUGAUUGCUCUGGCUUUCCUGCAAGGAUCCUUUGCAUAUGGUGGCUGGAACUUCCUGAACUAUGUCACAGAGGAGUUGGUCAAUCCCUACAAGAAUCUUCCUCGUGCAAUAUUUAUAUCUAUCCCUCUUGUCACAUUUGUCUACGUUUUUGCAAAUAUUGCCUACGUGACAGCCAUGUCCCCUCAGGAGCUGCUUGCAUCGAAUGCUGUGGCAGUGACAUUUGGUGAGAAGUUGCUAGGUGUGAUGGCCUGGAUCAUGCCAAUAUCUGUGGCUCUCUCAACAUUUGGGGGAGUAAAUGGUUCUCUCUUUACCUCAUCCAGGUUAUUCUUUGCUGGUGCCCGAGAAGGUCAUCUUCCCAGUUUGCUGGCUAUGAUCCACAUCAAACGCUGCACCCCUAUCCCGGCUCUUCUCUUCACGUGCCUUUCCACUCUGUUGAUGCUGGUCACAAGUGACAUGUACACUCUGAUCAAUUAUGUUGGCUUCAUCAACUACUUAUUUUAUGGCGUGACCGUAGCUGGACAGAUUGUCUUGAGAUGGAAGAAGCCAGACAUAUUAAGGCCAAUCAAGGUGAACCUCAUCUUCCCGGUAAUCUACCUCCUAUUCUGGGCCUUCUUGCUUGUGUUCAGUUUAUGGUCUGAACCUGUGGUGUGUGGAAUCGGUCUAGCCAUUAUGCUCACUGGAGUACCGGUCUAUUUCUUGGGGGUCCACUGGCAGAACAAGCCACAGUGCUUCAACAAGUUCGUUGAUGCAAUGACACGUGCUGGCCAAAAGCUGUGUGUAGUAGUCUACCCCCAAGUAGAGACUGAGGAUGUUAGUGAGGAAACGAAGGAACAGAGAACACCCAUUUACACGAAAGGUUCUGAAGCAGGAGAUGAUGGAGCACACGACUGAUCCAACCCUUCCUCCCUACAUUGAGCAUUUCACUCCACUCAUACUGCCCUUUUUACACACAGUCAGGACUACAGUGUGCAGCCCUUCAGAAACACCUGGAAAGCAGUGUGUACAUGCACACAUCUAUGUGUAUUUGUGACUCUGUUCAUGUGCGUGCAACCUUCAAAUGCAGUGUUGGCUAUUACACAAUCGUUUCUCCUGUUUCUGUUGUCCUCAGGUAAUAUUUGGUCCCCAGGGUCAGUGCUGUAUAAUUGUCUAUUUUACAAUGGGUCUGUUUUUUUAAACUCUUCUGUGUAAUGUGAAAAGAUCGUCGACACCCAGUGCCAUUAUUUAAUGUACUAGCUCCCUCAGGUGACAGGCGGAAGGAAUUGCAUAUUAAAUAGACAUUCUGAACAGCUCCUUGCUCUGCCAAUCUGCCUGUGUGACCUAUGGAUUCAUGAUCUGGCAAGAAAACUGACCAUGUUUCGUCUACUGCAUCUCAUGUGGCUUCUCUGCUACAUGUACUGCCAAUAACUUAUACGGAAUUUGCACUGCUUAAAGAAUGACUUCCACCUGACAAUCAAGAGCCCUGCGCUGGACUGAGACUCCCUCUUCAAAUGCAGGCCACAUGUGGAAGAUAGGACUUCCUUGCACGUCUUGCUGCUUGAGUAUAAUGACGGCACACUCCAACGUGGUCUCAGGUCUUUCCCCAAUGACUGUCACAGAACACGUAUCAGGUUUCUCAAUCCGUACUCCAAAACUGCGGUUACCAAUAGCCCUCUGGGACAAUUAAGACUCAUGUCUACUGCUCACACUCCUCGAUUUCUGGGUAUUUGUUUUCCAGAGUUUGUUUUCAAUUCUCCAGAAUUCUUUACAUUUUAUAUAUAUUUUUAUUUCAAAUUUCAUCUCUGAAUGUAAUAAACUGGAUUUUGUGCCUUUUUGUUGA